AUGGGAUGCCAAUUUGCUGUGCAGGUGAUCAAAGGAAGAUGGUUCACAGUGUUUGCAUCGUUUCUGAUCAUGGCUGGGGCAGGUGCCACUUAUCUGUUUGGUUCAUAUUCGAAAGACAUCAAGUCCACUCUUGGCUAUGAUCAAUCAACUCUCAACUUGCUUGGCUUCUUCAAGGACCUUGGUGCAAACGUGGGAGUCCUGGCAGGCCUAAUAGGUGAAGUAACUCCAACUUGGUUUGUUCUCCUAGUUGGCUCUGCCAUGAAUUUUGUAGGGUAUUUCAUGAUUUGGCUUGCUGUCACCGGAAAAAUAGCCAAACCUAAAGUCUGGCAGAUGUGCUUUUACAUAUGUGUUGGGGCCAAUUCUCAGAAUUUUGUAAACACAGGAGCUCUUGUCACUUGUGUCAAGAAUUUCCCAGAAAGUAGAGGGGUCAUGCUUGGUUUAUUAAAGGGUUUUACAGGGCUUAGUGGUGCAAUAUUCACCCAAAUUUACUUGGCCAUUUACCCAAAUGAUUCGAAGUCUUUGAUUCUCUUAAUUGGUUGGCUUCCUACUGCUCUUUCAGUCAUUUUUGUCUACACCAUUCGCCCAAUGAAAGUUGUCAGGCAACAAAAUGAGCUCAGGGUCUUCUACCACUUCCUCUAUAUUUCACUUGCACUUGGAGUUUUCCUCAUGGUUAUGACUUUACUUGAAAGAACGAUUACUUUCUCUAAGGCUGCCUAUGCAGGAAGCACCACUGUUAUUUGUAUGAUCAUGUUCAUGCCUCUUGGAAUUGCAAUCAGAGAAGAGCUUGCACUGUGGAAUCUCAAGAAACAACUUGUUGAUUCUCCAGUUGUGGAGGUGAGAAUUAAUAAACAACCAAACACAAUUCCAGAAAUUCCAGAAUUAGAUUCGAUCCCACCCAAUUCCUCAUCAGGCCAGGAAAAGAAAGCACAGAUUACUACUGCUAAUACUAGUGACACUGACACUACAUGUUUUUGUGGUGACAUAUGCAAUAAACCAGAAAGAGGGGAAGACUAUACAAUAUUACAAGCACUUUUGAGUGUGGAUAUGAUUAUUCUAUUCAUUGCAACAUUCUGUGGCUUGGGGUCAAGUUUGACAGCAAUAGACAAUUUGGGGCAGAUUGGUGAGGCUCUGGGAUAUCCCACAAAGACAGUAGGCACUUUUGUGUCAUUAGUGAGCAUUUGGAACUAUUUUGGGAGGGUCUUUUCUGGUUUUGUAUCUGAAAGCCUAAUGGUGAAGUGGAAAAUCCCUAGAACACUCAUGAUGACCUUCAUGCUGAUUCUAUCAUCUAUUGCAUAUAUGUCCAUAGCCUUCCCAUUUCCUGGUUCAAUUUAUAUGGCUUCAGUCAUGAUUGGGGUUUCUUUUGGUGCUCAAUUGACUCUGCUCUUCACCAUCAUAUCUGAGCUAUUUGGGCUCAAGUACUAUGCUACAUUGUUCAACUGUGGACAAUUAGCGAGUCCUCUCGGGUCUUACAUUCUCAAUGUGAAGGUCACCGGGUGGCUCUAUGAUCAAGAAGCUCUGAAGGCGCUGACGAAGAAAGGGAUGACAAGAUCUUCAGUGAAGGAACUGAUUUGUAUUGGGGCUCAGUGUUAUAGGAUAUCCUUUACAAUUUUGGCAGGUAUUACAUUCUUAGGUGCUCUUGUUUCAGUGGUUCUGGUGGUUAGGACAAGAGAGUUCUACAAAGGUGAUAUAUACAAGAAGUAUAGAGAAGAUGUAUAA